UUUUUUUUUUUUUGGGGGGGGGUUUCCUUUUGUAAGGGAAAGUAAUCAAUUCUUUUUCUAUCGUUAAUUUCCCAAUAAGAACCGAGGUAGAGUACUGCAGAGAUCCAUCAUAGGUAUACUUCUUCUGUUAAUUUUCUUUACUUCGACGUUUGUAUUUCUUGAUGAUCAUGGUACUCUAUUACUUGUUUCUUUUAGGUGACUCAGGGUAAUGUCGUCUUUAAACAGUAAGCUCUACACUUAAACUAGAAAGCAAAUAGCUCUAUUUUACCAUAAUAAUGAAAAAUGAAAAAUGAAAAAUAGUCCUUCUUUCGUAUCUAUAUCCUUUUCCAAUUUUGAAAUUCAUUUCCUUUCGAUUCCACUCCACCUAAAAAAGUUGUUACAUGAGCGAGAUCGGAAGUUUUGAAGAACAUGACACUGUAGAAAAGCACGUUAUUCGGCCGCCGAUCCCAAAAGCAUUAAAAAAGUAUUGGAACAAUCGGUACAACUUGUUUUCCCGCUUCGAUGAAGGAAUAUGGCUGGACUAUCAAUCCUGGUAUAGUGUUACACCAGAACGAGUUGCAUAUUAUAUUGCUCAAUCCAUUUUUGAGUCCCACCAACCAGAAUUAAUCAUUGAUGCAUUUUCUGGUUGCGGAGGAAAUACAAUUCAAUUCGCCAAAUUUUGUCCAGUCAUUUCUAUCGAACUUGAUCCAAUAAAAAUUGCUAUGGCCAAGCAUAAUUUAUCUGUUUACAAGGUUCCAUCAUCCAGAGUCACUUUUAUACAAGGAGAUGUAUUGGAUGUGCUAAGAUCUAUCGACUUUGCUUCCCAAUAUAGAACAGUCCUCUUCAUGAGCCCUCCAUGGGGAGGCCCUAGUUACUCAGGGAAGUCUACUUACUCUUUGAGUGAUUUAAUUCCUUAUAAAUUUGAUGUUUUAUAUAAAGCCGCUUUUCGCAUCACUCCCUACAUUGCCGCUUUUCUACCCAAAAAUACAGACAUUGAUGAGCUCGCUCACUAUAGUACUGAUAAAAAUCGUAUUGUCGUUACGAACUUCCUUUAUGAGGGCUACUCUAAAGCUAUCUGCUGCUACUUCAACAUGAAAAAUGUGCUAACUUCUACAGCUCUCCAACAAGCUUAAGCUUAAAAAUAAUUUCAUGUCACGCCCUUCGAUAGAUCAUGAUCAGUAUCAUCCAAAAAAAUUCAUUCAUUAACUAAAUAGCGAUUAAUCUCUUAAUAUUAUAGGACCCUUUUCGUAUAUGCAAAUGGUAUAAAAAAUUCGACAUCAAUUUCUAUCAAGCAUAGUAGCCAAUCCACCUUCGGGUCGUCC